GCAGUGUCCAGAAGGAUACAAAUGUAUAGCAGCUGGUAGAAACCCGGACUAUGGCUAUACAAGCUUCGAUAGCUUUAGUUGGGCUUUCUUGUCACUCUUUCGGCUGAUGACUCAGGAUUACUGGGAAAACCUUUAUCAACAGACCUUGCGGGCUGCUGGCAAAGGAUACAUGUUCUUUUUCGUCGUGGUGAUUUUCCUGGGUUCUUUCUACCUGAUCAACCUGAUCUUGGCAGUAGUAGCUAUGGCCUACGAUGAGCAAAAUCAAGCUACUAUUGAGGAAGCUCUGCGAAAGGAGACCGAGUACCAGCAAAUGCUUGAGCAUCUGAAAAGGCAACAAGAGGAAGCGCAGGUACCGGAGUCUAAAAUCUUCAAGAAAA